AAAGCAGCCUACGCUACUUUCUUUUUUUCUUUUUCGCGCCAGAUGAUCAUUUGCUUGAAAUCUCCAGCUGUUUCAAAGCGGCGAAACAAGACAUGAAACAUGACGUCCUGUGACAGUGAUUACCAGUUAGCCCUGUCGCUGCAACAGCAAUUUAUGGAAGAUGAUUUUAAUACGAACGCCAGCAGUUCAACUGCUAGUAGUAGCAAGCAAGGACCAACUAACAUAGUUGACCCACAAUGGGAACUCAUAGAUCCAAACCCAAAUGUUUUCGCGUUGUUUCAGGAGUUUAAUAAACAGUUUUUCUGGAAGAGACUGGAUAUGGUUGAAGUUAGAUGGAGUCCAAGAAUGACUUUAUGUGCCGGUAUAUGUUCAUAUCAAGGCCAUGGUGGUUUGUGUUCAAUUGGUUUGAGUCAACCACUAUUGAAGUUACGGCCAAGAAAGGAUCUUGUUGAAACAUUACUUCAUGAAAUGAUCCACGCGUAUCUAUUCGUGACUGCCAACAACAGAGACAGAGAUGGCCAUGGACCCGAAUUCUGUAAACAUAUGAAUAGAAUAAAUGCUGAAGCUGGAACCAAAAUUACAAUUUAUCAUAGUUUCCACGAUGAAGUGAAUGAACUUCGACAACAUUGGUGGAGAUGUAGAGGUGUUUGUAGAAACAGACCACCCUACUUUGGGUUUGUAAAAAGAUCCAUGAAUCGAGCACCUUCAAAAAAUGACACCUGGUGGGCACAACACCAACAGACUUGUGGGGGGGAAUACGACAAAAUUAAGGAGCCGGAAAAUUAUGGAAAAAAUAAGUCAAAAGCAAAAACGAACAAAGAAAAUAAAAUAGACCCAAACCAAAGUGUUCUGAAUUUUAAAAGCGUAAAAAGUCCAAGUUUAAACACACCAUCUACAUCUGCACUAAAGACUCCAACUGUAGAAAACAUCAAGAAAAAAUCUCCAAAGAAAAUCCAGAAUGUUGAAAAUAAAUUUCCAAACUCUUCAAAUCAUAUUCUUGGUGGAGCAAAAUUAAAAGAGAAUCCAAGGGGUAUUCCGCUAAACAGUCGCCUCGUAAAGCUCUUUCAGAAACCAUCUCCGAAAAAAACUUUAAAUACUUCUCAAACUGGAAAAAUCUGCCUGACAGUGCAACUAGUAGAAUUGGGCGCUUAUGCAGGGACAUGAGAUUAAAUGGGGAUGCUUCUGUUAACUUCGGUGCUUCUGCUUUUAGGAAAUUAAAAGUAGUGACCAAGUUUCAAAAAUCUGGAAAAUUAGCCAAACUGAAGUUUGAAAGUGAUGAUGAAUUGGAUAAAAUAGUCGUCAAACCAACCAAGCAACCUCAAUUCCCAGUGGUUAAACUCGAACCUAAAUCAAACGGUAUAAAAAGAAAAUCGGACGAGAUUCACCCAAAUGUGCAGCCGAAGAAAAAGAAACUUCCAAGUUUCAUAUUUUUAGAUGUUUCAUCUGAAUCCGAUUGCUCCGAUGACGACAUAUCGGCUUUCACGGUGAAAAAUGAACCCUUGUCGUCAGAUGAAGAUUUACCUAGCUGGAAAUCGCAACAAUUUAAUAAAAACACCACCUGCUCUCUUGCAAAGAAAAUAAAACUGAUGGAACCAGUUAAGUCAGCUGAUGUUAAACCAGUCACAGCAUUGAAACCAAAAGUAUCCCCAAUUAAAACUGAAACCACAAAAACAACAUCUUCUGACAGUGAUGAUGACUUGCCACCAUUUUAUUCACCCGACCAAAACCUUCCGUGUCCGAUCUGUGGUGAACGUUUUAGUCCAAUUAAAAUAAACUCACAUGUUGAUCAGUGCCUUAAUAUGCAGACUUUACGUGAAAUGACGUCUUGAUUGUUUUAUUUUCCAACUUUUUGCUAUUUUAUUUUUAGUUUGUUUCAGACACAUUUAGGCAAACUUCUACUUUUUCGAUUAUGUUAACUUAAAACUUUCUAAUACUGAUCUUACUUGCACUUAUGGAGAGUUAGACCUAGACGUACUUUUAAACUUUUUAAGUAGGACUAAGUUGUUCAUUUAUUUCUAUCUGCUAACUUCCGUGACACUUUCUUUACAAUAUUCUUCAAAUGUUUAGCAUUUUUAAUACAACAUUCAAGCAAUUUUAUGCAUUUCUUUUCCUCACUUUUCA